UUGAAGCGCUCACAAGCGCGAAUCCACUGACGAAGUGCGGAUGAAAAUGAGUGGGACACUCGUGUUAGAGUAAACGCGUGUUUUUGAGUUCGACCCUAUACUCUGAAACGAUCACCAUGGGAGCUGUUUGGACUGCACUGCUCCUCUGUUUGUUUUUGCUCUUGUUAAAUAGUCGCCAAAGCGCCGCACUUCCUCACAGCACUGGUUCAGAUCAGUGUGCAGACGGAAGCGAUGCCUGUCACAUUGAUGCUAUUUGUCAAAAUACCCCAACUUCAUACAAGUGCACUUGUAAAACAGGCUUUAAAGGGGACGGGAAACAUUGUGAAGACAUUGACGAAUGUGAUCUGGAAUACAAUGGUGGCUGUGUACACGAAUGUAACAACAUACCUGGCAAUUACCGCUGUACUUGCCUUGAUGGGUUUCAUUUGGCACAUGAUGGACACAACUGUCUCGAUGUGGAUGAAUGUGUCUUCAACAAUGGUGGCUGUCAGCAUGUAUGUGUCAACACCAUGGGAAGCUAUGAGUGCCGCUGCAAGGAAGGCUUUUUCCUGAGUGACAAUCAACACACGUGCAUCCAUCGCUCCGUGGAAGGCCUGAGCUGCAUGAAUAAAGAACAUGGCUGUGCUCACUUCUGCAAGGAAACACCCAAAGGUGGUGUGGCCUGUGAGUGCCGGCCGGGUUUCGAGCUGGCCAACAACCAGCGGGGCUGCAUCUUGACCUGUAACCAUGGCAACGGGGGCUGCCAGCACAUCUGUGAGGACACCGAGCAGAGGCCCAUCUGCAGGUGUCAUGUCAGGUACACCCUGCACGCAGAUGGCAGAACCUGUGUAGACAUUGAUGAGUGUGAACUCCAUAACGGUGGCUGUGACCACUACUGCAGGAACACCAUUGGCAGCUUUGAAUGUAACUGUCGAAAAGGCUUCAAACUGCUGACGGAUGAGCGUUCGUGCCAGGAUAUCGACGAGUGCUUUUUUGAGAGGACGUGCGACCACACUUGUGUAAACUCACCUGGUAGCUUCCAGUGUGUUUGCAACAAGGGCUACACUCUUUAUGGGCUUGCCCAUUGUGGAGACAUAAACGAAUGUAGUUUGAACAAUGGAGGAUGUGAUCACACCUGUGAAAACACCAUGGGAAGCUUUGAGUGCCACUGUCAUGCUGGUUACAAGCUGCACUGGAACAAGAAAGACUGUAUCGAAGCAGAGGACUCUCCACUAGUGCCGCCACCUGCCAGACCCACUCUCAACUGCAGUAAGCAGGGAGGGGGCGAGCUCUGCUACCUGACCUGCCAGUCGCAGGUUCAUAUCAUCAGUGGAGCUGAAGAUUCAUACACUGUGACCUGUGGCAUGCCCCUGCCGUGCCAUGCAGGAGGACAGUGGAAAGGGAAUGGGUCAUAUUGCCCAGGUUCAGGAAUCAAAACCAUUGCUACAUUUAAAUCUGGUCAGGGGAAGUGCAAUCUGAAGCGGAGUCAGGAAAAUCUUGCACAGAGCUUCAAAACCGCCCUGUCAGAUAAAAGAGCCACCGAGAAUGUCCAGUUCAGCUUUGUUAGCCUGCACUGUGCCUCUUCAAGCAGACAGCAACGUAGUCGCCACGGGCGGAAGGCUGGCGAAGAGGAAGGGUCCUCUAUUACUGCCCAGUUUGAGCUGGAUGUGAACCUGGAGGAGGUAACAGAGGGCUGUGACCUGGCAUGUGUUCGGCGGCACUCUGAGAAGCGGCUUAGGAAGACUAUCCGCACUCUUCGAAAGUCCAUUAACCGGGAGCAGUUUCACCUGCACUUUGCUGGAUCGGAGUAUGAGCUGGCUAAGAAACUUGUCCGACCUGCUGACCCACCAGACCACUGCGGCACCGGACAAGUUCCGCUGGACAAGAAAUGUGUGAAAUGCAGCAUUGGCACAUACUAUGAUGGAGAGCAGGGGAGGUGCUUUCUUUGCCCCCCUGGGACGUACCAAGAUGAAGAGGGGCAGGUGUCAUGCGACGUGUGCCCAGGACCCGAGGGCCGGGGAAUCCCGAGAACUGCAGGAGCACGCAACAUCUCGGAGUGUGGAGGUCAGUGCGGUCCUGGUCAGUUCUCCAAUGAUGGCUUUGUACCCUGUCUGCCCUGUCCACAAGGCACCUAUCAGCCUGAGGUCGGCCGCACUUCCUGUUUCCCAUGUGGAGGAAGCCUCACAACCAAAUAUCACGGUUCUAAGUCCUUCCAAGACUGUGAGACUAAAGUUCAGUGCUCCCCAGGGCAUUACUAUAAUACUAGCACCCACCGUUGUAUCCGUUGCCCCAUUGGAACCUAUCAGAUGGAGUUUGGCCAAAACUACUGCAUUGCCUGCCCUGGAAACACUACCACUGAUUUUGACGGAUCCACAAACAUUAUGCAGUGCAAAAACAGACACUGUAGAGGAGAGCUGGGAGAAUUCACCGGAUAUAUCGAAUCCCCCAACUACCCCGGCAACUACCCAGCCAACAUCGAGUGCACCUGGACCAUCACCCCUCCUCCCAAGCGCAGAAUCCUCAUUGUGGUACCUGAGAUCUACCUUCCCAUUGAAGAUGAGUGUGGGGACUAUUUGGUCAUGCGGAAGAGCUCUCUGCCCAAUUCAGUGACGACUUAUGAGACGUGCCAGACGUAUGAGCGACCAAUUGCCUUCACCUCCCGCUCCAAGAAACUCUGGAUCCAGUUCCGCUCCAAUGAAGGAAACGGUGGAAAAGGCUUCCAAGUGCCUUAUGUAACGUAUGAUGAGGACUACCAGGAGCUUAUUGAGGACAUUGUUAGGGAUGGAAGGUUAUAUGCCUCUGAGAAUCAUCAAGAAAUUCUUAAGGACAAGAAGCUUAUGAAGGCCCUGUUUGAUGUCCUGGCCCAUCCACAAAACUUCUUCAACUACACUGCACAAGAGUCUAGAGAAAUGUUUCCAAAAUCAUUUAUCAGAUUUCUCCGCUCCAAAGUUUUGAGAUUCCUACGCCCCUGAAUUUAGUGAAAUAAUCUUUUUACAGAAUGAAUAUUUGGCGCUCCAGACAAAUUUUAAAUGACUGACCUGGAAAAAUAUUCCUGAAUGGUCUUGGCCGCCUACACACUUGUGGAUUCAAGAAGACUUCUUGGACCUGAUGAGAUGAGAGUUCACAAGAAACUUCCCUAAAUACCUCAUUGGAAUUGUUUUUCUCCUGAAGAAAAUGAACUGUUUUUCCAGUGAAUGGAUUGGUUGCUGCCCUUCUUACAAUUAUAACAUGAGCUGCCACCUUUCAAGAAAAAGAUUCUUCCUGUUUAAUUCCUUUAUUGCCCAGAAGUGACUGUGUUACAAAAACAUGUUAAU